AUGGGACCCAGUGGAAGUAACGGGUCUGGGGGAACAAAAAGUGUUAAUGGUCCCUCAGAGUCUGGGUCCGGACGUGGGAGUACUGAAUCUGGAGGUAACAACGGAAAGGGACCUCAAGGACCUGGUUCAGAACCUGUAGGAAAAGAACCAGGAGGUGGACCACAAGGACCCGGGUCUAGUCCUGAAGGAAAAGGACCUGGUGGAAGUAACGGAAAAGGAUCACAAGGACCAAGUUCCGGACCUGGAAGCAAUGAAUCUGGUGGUAACAACGGAAUGGGACCUCAGGGACCUGGGUCGAGCCCUGGCGGAAAAGGGCCAGGGUCCGGACCUGGGAGCAAUGAAUCUGGCGGUAACAACGGAAAGGGACCUCAAGGACCUGGUUCAGAACCAGUAGGAAAAGGGCCAGGUGGUGGAUCACAAGGACCCGGGUCAACUCCGGAAGAAAAAGGACCAGGUGGAAACAAUGGAAAAGGACCAGAAGGUACUGGAUCAGGACCUGGGGGCAAAGACUCUGGUGGGAACAACGGAAUGGGACCUCAGGGACCUGGGUCAAGUCCUGGUGGAAAAGGGCCAGGGUCCGGACCUGGGAGCAAUGAAUCUGGUGGUAACAACGGAAAGGGACCUCAAGGACCUGGUUCAGAACCAGUAGGAAAGGACCAGGCGGUGGAUCACAAGGACCCGGGUCAACUCCGGAAGAAAAAGGACCAGGUGGAAACCUGGGAAUCAGUACCCAAUGGAAAAGGACCAGAAGGUACUGGAUCAGGACCUGGGGGCAAAGACUCUGGUGGGAACAACGGAAGGGACCUCAGGGACCUGGGUCAAGUCCUGGUGGAAAAGGGCCAGGGUCCGGACCUGGGAGCAAUGAAUCUGGUGGUAACAACGGAAAGGGACCUCAAGGACCUGGUUCAGAACCAG